GCAGGACCCUCUCGCCGUCAUCAUCGCUGUCCCAGCACCAAGCCCAGGGGUGGGAGCGGUACAGGUUGGUUGAGUGAAUCAGCUAACAGGCACUGAGUUCCCACUCCCUCCCACUCGUGCUUCUUCGCAACGCAUCCUCCUCUGAUAGUCGAUAAACGGAGGCUCCAAAGGGCUUGGGUCCUGUGGCCGUUCCAGCAUCAGGUCCUACGUGGAGUGUGCCCUGCUGCUGCCUGUUCAGCGAAUCAGCAUAGGCGAAGAACAGCCCUCUAGAGUAUUCUCUGUUGGUUGCAGAUAAAGAAAUCUCCGGUUUAGGUCGCAAGGGGAGCAGGCUUUUAAACUCAAGCCAGGUUAUUUUACCAACUUUGAGGCCAAAGUACACCCGUAAGGACUGUUUUAAAAAUUUGGGCCUCACCCUUAGAGAUUCAGCUGGCGGGCUGGGGUGCGGGGACAGAAAAGGCUCAUUCUAGUGUACACCAUCGUUUGAGGGCUAAGUGCGCGAUUCCUGAAAGUUCUCCAGACUUCCAUUUAUUCAGUGUUCCUCCAUUUUUGCCUCGCACUGUGAGACGGCUGGCAGGACUUUCGUGAAGUAAGGAGUGGAGUUUCCUGGUUUCCCGCCUUCGAUGACCCUGUGCCCUAGACUCAGGGCGGCGGGAACCUUCCCCGUCGGCAGCCCUGAGGCGCGCUGGGGGCGGGGAGGAAGGUUAACCCCGCCAGGGAACGGCCAAUAUGGAAGAAAGUGGAGUCCCGAGAAGCUUGGGAUGGAUGCAUUCCCCAAGGCAGUCACUGUCUCCUGGGGAAACGGGAAAAGAUUCAUCCCAAACCGGAAGGGAGAAGACGCCGCCUCCGGUGCCCGAGGGUGCGGAGAGAACCAAGGGCCCCCUGAGGGGGCGGGGCCUAGCGCCCGGAGCGCGGGCUGAGGCGGGGCUGACGUGAGGGGCGGUGAGGCGGGCGGCCAGAAGGGAGCUGAGAAGCGGUGAGGAGAGCCAAAGGAGGUGACGCGAGCUGAGGGAGGUGAAGCGUGCUGCCGGGGCGAGGUUGCGAGGGACGGUGUUGAAGAAUGUGUGGGCGAACAUCCUGUCACUUACCUAGAGAUGUUCUCACGAGAGCUUGCGCCUACCAGGAUCGGCGGGGCCAGCAGCGGCUCCCGGAAUGGAGAGACCCUGAUAAGUACUGCCCCUCUUACAACAAGAGUCCUCAGUCCAACAGCCCAGUGCUUCUGUCUCGACUGCACUUUGAGAAGGAUGCAGACUCAUCUGAGCGUAUCAUUGCUCCCAUGCGCUGGGGCUUGGUGCCUUCUUGGUUCAAAGAAAGUGAUCCUUCCAAGCUGCAGUUCAAUACUACCAACUGUCGUAGUGAUACCAUAAUGGAGAAACGGUCAUUUAAGGUGCCUCUGGGAAAGGGAAGACGCUGUGUCGUUUUAGCAGAUGGAUUCUAUGAGUGGCAGCGAUGUCAAGGAACAAACCAGAGGCAGCCAUACUUCAUCUAUUUUCCUCAAAUCAAGACAGAGAAGUCAGUUUUUUUUUUUUUUGCAGAUAGUCCUGAGAACUGGGAGAAAGUCUGGGACAACUGGAGGCUGCUGACAAUGGCUGGGAUCUUUGACUGCUGGGAGCCCCCAGAGGGAGGAGAUGUCCUGUAUUUUUUUUUUUUUUUCACAGUGGAUUCUUGCAAAGGCUUGAGUGACAUCCACCACAGGAUGCCUGCCAUAUUAGAUGGAGAGGAGGCAGUUUCUAAAUGGCUUGACUUUGGUGAAGUCUCAACUCAGGAAGCUCUGAAAUUAAUCCACUCGACAGAGAACAUCACCUUCCAUGCAGUCUCUUCUGUGGUGAACAACUCGCGAAACAAUACUCCUGAGUGUCUGGCUCCUGUCGACUUGGUGGUCAAAAAGGAGCUCAAGGCAAGUGGCAGUAGCCAGAGGAUGUUGCAGUGGCUGGCCACAAAGUCACCCAAAAAAGAAGACUCAAAAACACCUCAAAAGGAAGAGUCAGAUGUUCCCCAGUGGUCCAGUCAGUUCCUGCAGAAGAGUUCAGUCCCCACCAAGAGAGGCACUGCAGGACUCCUAGAGCAAUGGCUGAAGCGAGAGAAAGAAGAGGAACCUGUGGCCAAGCGUCCUUACAGCCAGUGACACAGGGCUUUCAGAGACCAAGGCCAGGGUCUGCCUCACUACUGUUCUGAUAAUAGGUUCUUACAUUGUAUGUGUGUGUGUUUGCUUUGGGAGGAGGUGGCACUGUGUUGACAGUUGUGGGCUCAUGGGGAAGUAGCCUUUUUGGCCAUGAGUAGGAGCCCCUAGUGGGGCUGGUGGACAGCUUUGGAAGAGGUAUCCUGUUGCUGUCACCAGCCAUGUGGGCCCCAUAGGGGCACUGUGCCUGCUGCCCUUUUCCUGGCAGGGCUGGUGGAGUCUUCCCUCAAAGCAUGCUUUACCCAGUUGGGAAGUCUCUGCCCUGAUCUGGUACUCCUUGUAGUAAGCUAUUUUCUGCUCAGCUACUGGGCUCUUUCAGUUUUUUAGAAUAAGUUCUUAAAAUGUAUUUUUUUUCCUGAAUAAAUUAUGUUUGGUAAACUUCUGCCUACAUUUUGGAAAAUGAUGCUGGUGGGGAAAGUUCUGGAUCUUACUUGUUUUUCUUCUAGAAUCAGUCCUCAGGAAUGGGUUUUGUCACAAACGGGGCAUGGGGGCUUUCUGAGCAAAUAACUACAAGUCUUAGUGGUGGGCUCCUUAUUAUGUUUCUUUUUAUUUCAGUCUUGAUACUUGCAAGUUGUCUGAAUCCUUUAGCUUCAAACCAGCCUGAGUUGAGUGCUUGACACAGCAGAACCUGUCCUUACCACAGGUGGGAAGGAAAGGACCAGUUUCUAGCCGUGUCGGGCCACUCCUCUUUUAAGCAUCUAGAAGGGAGGCAUUCACAAAAGCUGCCCCAGCAGCUUUCGAAAUGACCAGGAGGACUGGGCGGCGCCGAGCCCAGAACGCUCCUGGCGCAGCCUUGGCUGCGGCGACCGCACCGAUUGCUACUAGUGCGGUGGUGGUGCAGGCCCCAGUCUGUAUGCAAAUCAGGGAUCAGAAGAUCGGAAUUUCCACCAAUCAGCGGGAAGCCUCGGCCCCGUAACUGUUAAUGGGAGACAGCAGCGCCACGCCACAGGCUUUUCCGCUGGAAGGGUGAGGGGCCAGGUGGGGCUCUCGCCUCGACCCUUCCCUGAGGCCCGCCCUCCUCGCCUUUUCUCUAAAUUCCUCUUUUGAGUGCCCUCCCUUCCGGUUGAGAGGUGGGGGUUGGCCCGUAGUUACACACUCAGUCACCCCGCACUGUGAAGACGGGGCCUCCCUUGUGAACUGAUUUGCGUGGGAUUUGGUUGUUUUAUUAAGAGAUUUUAAAAAUUUAGAUGACUUACUAGUAUGACUGUUUUGUCGUAUUUGCUUCCAGUUUAAUAAAUGACAAAAAUGAAA